AUGCUGCAAAUGGAAAUGGUCAUCUUCAUCUGCCUGGUGCUGUUGAUGUGUGUAUUUAGCCAGGAGCCCAGUUCCAAAGUGGUGGCCGACCGCUACGCCGUCUUCUGGAACCGGACCAACGCCAAGUUCCAUCGUGGGGACUACCACAUCGACGUGUGCAUAAACGACUACCUUGAUGUCUACUGUCCUCACUACGAAGAUGCGGUGCCUGAGGAGCGGACGGAGCGCUAUGUCCUCUAUAUGGUUAACUACGAUGGCUACAGCACGUGCGACCACACCGCCAAGGGCUUCAAACGCUGGGAGUGCAACAGGCCACACUCCCCGAACGGACCGCUCAAGUUUUCAGAGAAGUUCCAGCUCUUCACUCCCUUCUCCCUGGGCUUUGAGUUCAGACCGGGCAGAGAAUACUACUACAUCUCCUCCACCAUUGCUGAGAAUGGGAGGAAAACAUGCCUGAAGCUUAAAGUUUUCGUCCGACCAUCAAACAGCUGUGUGAAAACUAUAGGCGUACAUGACCGCGUUUUUGAUGUAAACGACAAAGUAGACAAUACAUUAGAACCACGAGACGAUACCAGCCAUGAACCAGCUGAGCCUUCCCGAAGUGACGAAACAAAUGCUGCCCCGCACCUGCAGAAAACAAGUCCACUCCUGGCUUUGCUGCUGGUCUGCCUACCAGCACUUUUCACUUUAUAGCGCCUCCCUCUGUCCCGGAGGGCAUUUACACCUAGCGUGGCCUGAAUCUGCCCAAGGCUGCAGGGAAGGGGUGGGAUUUGGGUGGAGUGUUUUUGCUUGAUUGGGCAUCAGAGCAGGCUUCUCAAGGAACCCUCUAUUUUUUUCAGAAAUAUAUUUAAGUGGUCUUUCUCCGUCUGUGAGUGAAAAAAGUUGAUGUUGGAAGUGGGAGAGACAGUUCCCCCUCUUAAACCUUCAACUAAGAUGCCAAAUCCCUUUUUUUGACACUUAGUGAUUCUUAUUUUCCCGUGACUUUUUUGUGACAUCCCUUUACAUCAUGUUUAUAUCAUUGCAGCACUGACGUUUACCCACACACAUGUACACACACACACACACACACACGCUGACAGAGUCAAAAAAAAUCCCUCUAGAGUAACAGUCAAUAGCGGUAGGAUUUUUAGUUGUAUACAGUAGCAGCAUUACACAGUAGGAAAGAUUCUAGGACUUAGGAAGUACUGGACAUACACAAUAGUUGUCCUGAGACCUCUCAAAAAGCCUUUCAGAAAAUAUUUUGAUCAAGUUCUGCUAGGUCAUGAAAAGCAGAUUUCUAUGCCUCCAUUUUACUGGGAAGUGCAGUACAAAGCUGAAAGAUGAAGAAGUAGGAAAAUUAGAGUAAUGGUUUUAAGCAGAGGUCAGACUGGAAACCACAGCACUAAGAAAUACGUACAUGGCAUGCACCUUAGCACGCUGAUCUUCAGACUGUCCUGGUUUAAAGAUAGUGCCCAAUUUUCUCUUGAAUACAAAGUGUAUGAAUAGGUGAAUAAGCUACUUACGGCUUGACUGAGUGAGUGUAAAACCCAUGGAACCAUGAGGCAACUUUUUCUUGUCCUCCUUCUUGUCCAUUGUGUAGAGCAUGCCGGUCCGCUCAAUAAAACACCUCUCAAAGCAUUUUGUUCACUCUGACUCACAAAACAGCUAAAUUGAAACUUUCUCUCCAGACACUUUGUAGACUGCUAUUAAGAGCGAGGAUCGAUAUCUUUUGAAAGUUGAUCACACAAUUUUACGGCAAAGUCACAGUCAUUUUAUGCAAUGUUUACUGAGCUGGGCAGCAAUUGUUCUCUCUGUUCCAUUUGAGUAUUAUUCAAUAUUAACACGCCCAUAGACAUUUGCAUCUACAGCUUUUUUCUCUGAUACGGAUUGUUGAAAGUGAUUGUUUAAAAAAUUAUUCACAGCUAAAUUGGACACUUUUUUCCAAACCAUUAAGUUAUUUUACUUUGUGUCUCCAAACAUUGUCUCUCACAUUGCAGACACAGUAAACUUUGUAUUUUUUUGUAUUGUCUGAAAUCCACUUCAAUGACAACAAUAACAGAGGUCAUGGGGGGGUGUUUGAAAGACACUUCAAUUCACAGUGCCAUAUUUUUUCUCACGUCCUUGUCACUUAAACAUAACCACAGCUUUGACUCACGCUCAUGAAAUAUUAGUUAGCUGGUUCUCACAUUCAGUAUUUUGCAGCAGUUAGUGCAGCAUUUAGAUGCUCCAAUUAGUUGAAAACACAUUGUGUAAACAGAGAAACUAUCCAUUUAAUUCAAGUCUGACCAGGUUAAUGUUAGCACUUACAUUCAAAUGAAUUCACCGUGUUAUAAUGAUAUUUAGCUUCCUUCAGUUCCCACAGAUGCACAUGGCGAGUUAGCUUAAUGAAAGCUAUUACGUCUUUUUUUCCCCAAAAACAGAAGAGACUUGUUUCUUUGCUUUUAAAGAAGGACAGACAGAGAAAUUAAUUUCCUUUAAGAGCCAGGUUUUUAUACGAGAAAUAUGUCACCAAUUGCUUAUGAAAGAUAGAAAAAGAGCAAGAAAAGCAGGACAGGAGCAAUUGCAUGUCCACCUUCAGUUCCUAGUGUUACCGGUUUAAGUGACUCGUUAAUGAGGUUCAAAAUGACAGGCAUGUGGACCCCAUGUUGUGGCAAAGGGAGUUAUUUCUGGUAUUAAAAAUAGAUGGUGGAAGGCUUGGAGGGUCUCGGGAGGGGGGGGUGUAGAUUUCCAUGGGGGGGGGUUACAGCACUGAUGACCUUGCAGUUUGAGAGAAUUGGCAAGUCAAGGAGACGGAGAGAAUUAAAGGAAGAGACACACACACAGGAACAGAUAGAAAAGACAUGGGAGGCAGCCGGAGGUAGUGUGGCUAGAGUGCCUAACAAAACAAGAUAAAACAACUAAAAAUCCAUGCUACACUACUGGGGGAAAAAAACACCUCAUCCAAUGGUAAACCUAUUGUUCAGUAUCAUUCGGUCUCAAAAGGCAUGCACUGUUUUGUUUUUGCUGUUUUUUUUUUACUAUUUUUGUGUUAAUUUUUUUUUCUCCCCAGAAAGACUGCCUUUGCCUUUAGUCAUUUGUUUUUUGCGCUACGGUAACAAUGCUAUUACAGCGGAAUAGCAGCUCAGCUAUGGGGGGUAAUAGGAGACGAGGCCAUUUAAUGAGGUUCUAAUUUUCAGGAGAACACCACAGGGAAUGAGCACUGCAUCCGAUUCAAAAUGGACGCUUGUCAGCAGAUUAACACUAAACUUUUAUCAGAAACCAGCUUCAAUUGUACUCUCUUAUAAUUACCAAUACUACUAUUUGUCAUUAUUGCUAUUAUUACCAUGGUUUAUUCUGUACACACCAUAACCUGGGAAAUGAGGAUCAACUUAUAAACUGGAUACUGUGUAUCCUGAGGUAGUCAACAAUAAAACAUGUAGUAUUAGGUUAGUAUCUGUUUUGUACCUUUCUGGAGGAAAAAAGAAAAAAAUGAGAUACAUCAUUGUUAAAACUGUAUAAUUAUUAUUAUUGUUAUGAUGAUGAUGAUUAUGAUUAUUAUUAUUAGGAAAACUUCUUGAUGUAAAUAGUGUUUGAUAUUAAAGUAUUAAUUUGGUUCUUAUGUCUUUUCUAAAAAAUGAAUACGGUAUUAUCUCUGGGUUUUGCGGAGUGUGUACUGUCCUCAAACAAUGCAUUGUGUGCUUUGAUCCUCAAUGCCUAAUGAAACUUUGAGCUAAUAUGAAGGGGAAACCUGUGGGAACUGUACACCAGUGUACAGACGGCUGGACAUUAGCCAAACGAGUGGCUCACCUGUUACAUGUUUCAAACCAGUCACCAACCUUCACCAUCUCUUCACAUAAGGAUCCUGCCUAGGAAAGAAACACUUAAGACGGCUUAUUUGUACUUUUUUGCCUUCAGUGUUUGAAAGCAUGUUGGUCAGCUGAAAGAUCUGCCAUGAGUGGACUGUUUUGCUUUUUAAUGGAAGGAUCUUGCCAGUUUCAUUAUGUGGCAUGCGCAUGAACUUGAUGACAUGUAAAAAAACAAAAAAACAAACAGAAAAAUUUUAAAAAGAAAGUUUUCUUUUGCUCUUAUUUUCUUUUCUUUUUAAGACGUGUUAGAUUUUCAGAUCACUUUCAUGUUGCGUGUUUUUUGCAUCCCCAUUUGAGUGAUGUCAUUAAGCUGUGUAGUGACAGAUGACAAAUGUACAUAACACAAACCAUUGUUGUGAAGUUACAGUGGGGGUCGGUCAUUUUGUAGUUCAAAAGCAACUUUUUUUGUCUCCUAAGAAUGACUCUUUCUGUACCCAUCUACUGAAUUCAUCCCAUGUAGUUGCAGUCUGUCUCUUCUGACUAUUCAUCCUCUUUCUGCUCUCCCAAGAGGGGGCGUUUUAUGGGAGUGUAUACAUUAGUAUGUGGACGUUUUUUCCAGUGUGAAAAAAUGUGUGAGACCUUUGAGUUUGUGUGUAUGCGUCUCUCAUUUGCUGUUGCCACAGUGAAUGGGAAGCGGCAACACUCUUUGGCAACGAAGAGUGUUUCCCAUGCCUUAGCCCUUCAGCCUCUGCCCUGGCAGCCACGUCUGUGUACAAGACGCUUUCUGCCAUUGUGCUUUACACGGAACGGCUGCUGGCGUCGAAGAGGCUACAACAGGGCCCUUCACUUUCUCUCCCUUUUUAACAACCCUGAACCACUUGUCCCUACGGUAGACGUCGGUCCCAAGCACAGUACAAGGAUUAGUGCACCCCCUCCACCAAAUCCUGAACUGGAUUGUUAGCGGGGUAAAGCCUAUCAUCGAUCCAGGUACUGUGCGUGCAGGGCAAAGCCUCUCUUCGUCAGCUCCCCUCUGGCUGAUGAACCACUUCAUUUUGUGCACCUGUCCUGUCCCAUUCUUCUUGUGCUUGUAUAACCUCCACCACACCACCUGCUGUCCUUCUUCCCUCACCUUUGAACCCCGCUCCCACUUUGCCAUCAGUGGGGAAUAUUUCCAACCUGCUCUUUUACAGUAUAUAAACAACAACAAAAAAAUUUGACAAAAAUGAUCUGUAUUUGUAUAUACACGUGUCUGAGCAACUAUGAGUAAUACAAUAAAACGGAAAUACAUUGCUUUGA